AUGCAAGAUGCAGCCAAGGACUUGCCUGCCGCGAUUCACACAGCGGUCCCAGCUGUCAUAGUAUGCUUCCUUUGCGCCAACUUGUCCUACUACAUCCUGAUACCAUGGAACGUGAUUGGAGCCAGCGACACAGUCGCGGAGACGGCCGGCCAGAAUGUUUUGGGCAGGUCCGGUGCCGUAAUUUUUGCUUUGCUCAUCUCCGUUGCUUGCCUUGGGUCAAUUAACAUCAGCGUGUUUACAACUGCGAGACUCACGAUCAGUGCAGUGAAUAAGGGCUAUCUCCCGAAAUUACUUUCAGGAAAUGGCCACAGCCAGAAUGGGCAACCUCAAGAUCGUCAGCUACAAGACGCUCCUCGAGAUUGUAGCCUGUCUUCAAAGCUAUUGAGUCUUUUCGGAGAGGGUCCUUUCUGGCAAACUCCAAUCAAAGUUAUGCUUUUUAAUGGUUGCCUCACAAUAGUAUACAUACUAGUUGGUACCUUCAGCGCUCUUGUCACGUUCAUAGGUAAGUUUUAA